UGAGUAAUACUUCGUAACGGCGCCAAAAAAUUGAUAAAUCUGUUUUACUAGCCUGGCUGACCCAUUCAGGAGGUGGUCGUCCUACUUCCAGGCUGCUCUUCCACUCCUGUGUUAUGUGACGGUGUCUUGGCUCCUGGAGUCCUGCCUGGAAAACGUUUCCACGUAGCGCCAGUGUGUACAUGCAUUAUAAUAAAUAUUUAAACUGCUGGCGUCUAUAGUUUAACGCGGUCAUUAUAAUAUAGAUGCCAAGGGUUAGAAACCCUUAUCUGGAGAUUUACAGCUCCGAGUAGCCAUGGUCAGGGUCAAGGAGCACCCAGCUGCUAUCCAGGCUCCAGGAGAAACCUUCACUCAAACUAAACACAUCAUAGUUUGGCCGUCAAGUAUAAGAGACUAUACUGAGGGGGCUACAAGUGAUGUGGCUAUAGAAGCAGACAUUAUGGAGAACCAGUACUGCCACACCAUGAAAUCAUCCACAACAGUAUUACAGUCUUCGUAGAUAAAGAGUAAAGUGAUGACGGUGAGCUGUUUAAUCAAAUUAAGUCAUUUCCCUCUUCCUAAUAAAGUGAGUCUGAAGCCUUGUUCACUACAACAUCUCAUGCCAUACUUACUCUGUUUGCUGAAGCAAUUGCUUAUUGUAAUUGACAAAAAUUAUCUGUAUUCUAACUAAAAAUUUAUGAAAAAGAGUCUUUUGGACCACACAUGAGUUCAUGUGAACCGUGAUGUUCUGUCUAUCACUAAUACACAAAAAUUUUGACAGACAAGACUUUAAAGAAAAUUGUUUGACAUCUUUUUUUAAAAGAUAUGAAAGCUAAAUGAUACCCAAGACUCUAUCUAAAAGAGUCUUAGUACUGGUAAAAGGAUCUGAAAGACUUUAAUAUAAAUUAAUUUCUAGUUAACUUUCAUAAGUUAAUGCGAGAAACUUUAUUUAUUCACUGAUUCUAAAAAUCUUUUUCUAAGAUUAUUAUUUUUUAUAAUAUGUUUGACAAAUAGACAAAUAUAUUCACAUCUAGGACAACAUGACCACUGACAAAGCAGAAAAGCCUUAUCAGUGUUCUGAGUGUUCAAAAAGCUUUUCACAAGUUGCACAUCUAGCAAAACAUGAAAAAACUCAUACUGAAGAGAAGCCAUUUCAGUGUUUAGUUUGUCUAAAAGACUUUUCACAGAAAUCAUACCUAGUGCAACAUGAGAAAAUUCAUAGUGCAGAGAAGCCGUUUCAGUGUUCAGAAUGUUCAAGAGACUUCAAACGAAAUUCACAUUUAAUACAACAUAUGAGAAUUCAUACAGGGGAGAAACCCUUUCAGUGUCCAGUAUGUCAAAAUGACUUUUCACAGAAAUCAACUCUAGCUCAGCAUAUGAGAAUUCAUACAGGGGAGAAGCCAUAUCAGUGCUCAUUGUGUCCAAAAGACUUUUCAUAUAAAUCUUCUCUAGUACAGCAUGAGAGAAUUCAUAGAGGAGAGAAACCAUAUCAGUGUUCAGUGUGUCUAAAAGACUUUUCACAAAACUCGCAUCUACUAAGUCACAUGAAAGUUCAUACGGGAGAGAAGCCCCAUCAAUGUUCCGUGUGUCAUACUGACUUUUCACAGAAAUCAACUUUAGUAAAACACAUGAGAAUUCAUACAGGAGAGAAACCUUAUCAGUGUUCUGAGUGUCUGAAAGAUUUUUCACGAAGCUCACAUCUAGUACAACAUAUGAGAGUUCAUAGAGGAGAGAAGCCAUAUCAGUGUUCAGUGUGUCUGAAAGAUUUUUCACAAAAUUCACAUUUAAUUCAACAUAUGAGAGUUCACACAGGAGAAAAACCGUAUCGGUGUUCAGUGUGUCUAAAAUAUUUUUCGCAGAAAUCGGCUUUAGCACUACAUUCAAGAAUUCAUAGAGGAGAGAAACCAUAUAAGUGUUUAGAGUGUCUAAAAGAUUUUUCACGAAAUUCACAUUUAGUUCAUCAUAUGAGAAUUCAUACAGGAGAAAAACCAUAUCAGUGCUCAGAGUGCCUAAAAAGCUUUUCAGAAAGAUCAGCUCUAGUAAAACAUAUGAGAAUUCAUACAGGCGAAAAACCAUAUCAGUGUUCAGUGUGUCUGAAAGCUUUCUCCCGAAAUGCUCAUCUAGUACUACAUAUGAGAGUUCAUACUGGAGAGAAACCGUUUCCAUGUACUGUGUGUCUGAAGAGCUUUAAAGAGAAAUCAGCUGUGCUAAAACAUAUGAGAGUUCAUGCAAAAGAGAUUUCAUUUCACUUUCUAUGCAUGUAAAAGAUUUUUUCACCUUCAUGAAGUCUAAAGAGGCAGAGAUAUUAUGCAGGAUGAACUGUACCAGUCCAGUGUGUCAGAAAUAUUUCAUAUAAAUUAGGUAUAGUAAAUCGAGUCCUAAUAUGAGGAAUCCUUAGUACAAUUUUUUUAAAUGAGGACGUCAAGUUACUCACUAGCAUCAGAAGUGUGGGUCAACCAAUUAUUGAAUCUUGAGUUAUAAUCACAUUCUUAAAGAAAGGAAGAUAAAACUCCCUCAUUUACUUUUUCUUGCAAUGGCUCUGAUAUAUAUAUUGCAAGCAAAACAUUAUAUCCUAUUAAAGUCUACUCUCAA